AUGCACGCACCCACCAAUCAACGAAUCCAGUUUGCCUUGGACUGCAGCUCGUCCUGGCUGUUUGUGGGAGGAGUGCCAGAUAGCACCGGUACGAACAAGGCAGUGGUACGAGUCUACAAUACCAGUGUGGAAUCAUUGUCAUCUGACAAACUGGUGCAAGAACUAGUCAUUCCGGAAUGUGCUCCUACAUAUGCAGAUGCCGUCAACGGUCUAUCCUACAACACUACCUAUGACAUGCUGGCGGUCGCCACAGGAUCCAGAAGAUUUCCUGAUUUUGAAGACCGUGACAAUCAGCCCGAGCAGGAGGUCCCACCCGGAUCUAUUCGCUUGUACAAGUGGAAUGGUAUUGCAACGACAACAGAGAGUAUCACUAAUGACAACACAGCUGGAGGUCCUUGA